AUGGGCUCUACCUCAUCAAACUAUUCGUAUCCUUAUCAAUCCCCUCCAGUUGACGACCGAGUCCAAAGUGUCCUUCGCAGUACUCCCCUAUUCGAUGGCCAUAAUGACCUUCCCCGGCAGCUUUGUUGCGUCACGCAUGGCAAAAUCUAUGGUCAGCCACAUUUCGACUUCCCGAAAGGUUUCGAGCGGGGAAUGACAGACAUUCCUAGACUGCGAGAAGGAGCCGUCGGUGCACAAUUCUGGUCCAUUUGUGUCCAUGUCUUCGCUCAAUUGAAAAUUUUCUCCACGCUCGAGUAUAGCGACAUGGCCCGAGACGCGAUCGAACUAUUGGAUCUGGCAACGCGCCUCAUUGAACUAUAUCCCCAUAUCCUCGAGCUCGUUCGCCAGCCAGAGGACGUGAAACGAGUCUAUGAUGAGGGCGAGAUCGCAUGUUCAAUGGGUGGUGAACGUCUCCAUAUGACUGACAAUUCGAUCGACAUCAUUCGCGCUUUCUACAAGCUUGGCGCUUGUGGACCCAUCCACAGCGGGCUGUCCUCUCUGGGUUGCUCCUGCGUCAAGGAGAUAAACAGGCUGGGCAUGAUUGUUGAUGUCUCUCAGGUUACAAUGAAAUGUGCAGAGCAAGUUCUAAAUUCGACUCGCGUACCUGUCAUGUUUUUACACAGCAAUGCUGUCAGUGAUUGA